AUGAUGUUUCGAUCACGUGACCACAACAGGUCAUAUUUAAUGGCGGCCGCCGUCGCUCGCUGCUCUGUGGGGCUCCCCAGCAGGAAAGGAGUGGGUUGUUUCCUGCGAAGAGUUUCGUCUCUCGGAAGGUGGAGUCGCUCCAAAGAUCUUCUGUGUGAGCAACAUCGUAGCUUUUUCUGGCGGAAAUGGAAAAGUUCUCACAACGUGGUUCGGCCUGCUACUGUUCGGCCAGCCUACGCAGUACCUAAGCACAUCGUGCAGCCUGACUACGUCAGCACUGGGCUGGUCCCAGAAUGGCCAGACUACAUCGAGAUCAAGAACCAAGAGCAGAUCGAAGGCCUUGCUAGAGCAUGUCAACUUGCCAGACACGUACUGCUACUUGCUGGAGGCAGUCUGAGAGUUGGCAUGACAACAGAUGAAAUAGACUUUAUUGUGCACCAGGAGACAAUCAGGCACAAUGGUUACCCCUCCCCUCUUGGAUAUGGAGGUUUUCCUAAGUCAGUCUGUACAUCUGUGAACAAUGUGGUGUGUCAUGGCAUACCUGACAGUCGCAAACUUGAAGAUGGUGACAUUAUCAACAUCGACGUCACAGUGUAUUCGGAUGGUUACCAUGGUGACACCUCAGAAACCUUCUUGAUUGGUCAGGUGGAUGAGGUCGGGCAACGGCUGGUAGAGACGGCGAGGCGUUGCAGAGAUGAGGCCAUUGCCGUAUGCAAACCAGGAACACAGCUUUGUGUUAUAGGAAAUACUAUCAGUGAAAUAGCCCAGUCCAAUGGCUUUCAAGUUUGUCCAUAUUUCAUUGGGCAUGGAAUAGGCUCGUAUUUUCAUUGCCAUCCUGAGAUUUGGCACCAUGCUAAUGAUAAUGACAUAACCAUGGAUGAAGGGAUGUCUUUCACAAUAGAGCCUAUAGUGAUGGAGGGGUCUCCAGAGUUCAGAAUCCUUAAGGACAAAUGGACCGCGGUGUCGGUCGACGAUAAAAGGUCAGCUCAGUUUGAACACACGGUGCUCAUCACAUCUGACGGAGUGAAGAUUCUCACCAAACUACCAGAAGAAAACAAUCUGUGACAGAAAUGGACUACUACCUGGAAUGGUACAUCAAUUGUGGAUCUAAGCUACGUUUUGUGAUUAACAAAAGAAAAGCAGUUAUGCUACCAGCUCUUAACGUAGAAUGACAAAGACCAAGGUUUUCGAUCAUUAAGCAAUACCAACUUGUUCUGUAUGUUAUACUGGAUCUCGAGACUUACUGCUAAAGCUGAACUAAUUAUGUGGUCGAGGUAUUUCAUUGUCUUACAAAAUACGUUUUUCUUAAGCUAAAAGCCCUUUUUCCUCACAUAAACCUUUAGUGUAACUUAAAUUUUAUAAGUUGCAUUAAAAAAAUGAAAUAAUGUUCUUUUUUCUUUGAGUUUUACUCCCUUUGUGUGUUUAAGCUUGAAGCUGUUUGGAUUAUAGAUAUGUAUUUUUCUUGGAAAAACUUGAUUCUUAACUCUUCAUAUCCAAAUUCAGAUGAUAAAUGCAGCCAGGAGGUGGCAGCACAAACUCAGACUUUGCUGAUAAUGUUUCACGCCCUUUCAGUCUGUUAAAUAGAAGCAGCUCUACACCCCAUUUGACCCUUUUGUAUUUGUUUCUCAUUGCAGGGUUGUAAAAGCCGGUGUAUAAAUCUGAGUUUUGAGCAAGCCUGCCUCUUGACACUGAAGUCUCCAUAUUGACAUUAAUCCAAUGCAGCUGUCACCAGUUAUGCACCAUUGGCAAAUUGCAGAGCAUGAAACUGUUCAGAGGCUUGAUAGGCAUUGUGUAAUGUAAUAUCUUGACUUUAUAUGUCACAUUUUUUUAGGUAAAAUUAAAAAGAAAGGGGUUUGCUUGGGGAAGUAAAAGCAAUUCAUUGACUUUUUUUUACUGUGACCUGUCUCUGCAUCCAGUCUUCAGAUUGAUGUAAGGUUGAGCAAAACGUGAGAACAAGUACUUUGAGCACAACUAAGAGGUUGGCUACUGCUUUAGACGAUAUACUGCUAUGAUUGUUUGAGUAAAUGCUGAUAAAUCUCAAGAGACUUGGUAAUAUGUGAUCCCAGCCCAUUGUAAGGGUGUGUUUUCAUUUCCUGCUGGUGUGUGUGAGGCAGAGUGGGUAUGUGUGAUCAUGCCAACAGUUUGUGGGCGAAGCAGGAAGGAUUAAUCAAAUAAAGGUGGGCCAUGUGCAGCCAGGAUAUGAUUCAAGUUUUAACAUAUUAAGUGAUUAAUAUCAGGUGACGUAACUCACAUAUGUUUUGUAACACUUUCAUUUAAUAUACAGAAAAAAGCUCCAAAUUUCUACACUCCACACUUGAUCACAGCUUUAGUUAUUUGUUAAAGAUCUACAGUCUUGUCUUUGAUUUUUAGGGUGGGGCAUGCAAACCUGAAGGAGCUUGCACUCCCUAUGAUUCAGAUUGUGAUGACGCAUACAUUUUUUUUAUAAUCAUCCUCCUGCAAAUGAUUGACGAAGAGCCUAACGUUCAGCUUGCACAUCAUUUUUAUGAUGAUGAUAGAUUCAGCAAAAGUGGAGAAGUGAAGGCAGUAGAGAUACAUAACAUCGAAGAAGUAGAAAAGAGGGGAGUGCUUGAGGGAAUUUUUGCUGCCGUCUUUCAUUAUUUUCCUGCAUGUUGGGACUCAAUCCCAAACCCUUUCUUUGCAGUUUUAUUGUAAAAUCUUCAGCCGCUGGAGAAGUGGAAAUCUUAACACUGGGGAGCGUAAGAUUUGAUUUUUACCCAGCUUUUAUAAAUUGUUACCUAGAGAUGUUUCUCAAGCCUGUUUCACAUUCCAGGUGCACAUACCUACAUCCCUGUCUUUCUGUGAGUGAAGCUGUUAUAUUUCACACUUUUCUGGGACUUUUCACCGUGAAGCACCACAGACAUUUAUGGUUUCCCUGGUGAUCUGCAGCGUUGUGACAUUAACAGAGUGAUGCAUCGUUUCCAAACUUGUGCAGGCAGAUUUGCUUUAUACACAACAGACAAAUGUUAUCUGCUUAUUCAUACUCUGUAAUGAUUUGAUUCAUCAGUGAAUCCAAGGGCUAAACUAACACCUGAGCUUACUUGGUACUUUGCUGAACCAGGACACGUGGCCUCAGGCUCAACCAGACUGGGUAACACCCAAUUCCUGAGGGUUUUACAAACUGGAGGAUAAGAAAGUGGAAAUAAAGACAACAAAAAAUUCAUACACAUCUUCUUGUAGUUGCAUUCAAUUGUCAGCCUGUAUGUUUUUGGUUGAGAUUAGAUUUAAUUGUUAAGUCCGGUUUAUUAGGUUAACUAAACCUAUGUACGAAUGGAUUUAAAAUGAGCCCACAUGUUCUAGCAAACAAACUGUUAAAACGUGGGUGUGUGGAUACGAAAAAAAAGUAAACUGAGAUCUGCAGACAAGCACAGAGUGUUUUCUCUGAUAUUUACAAGGUUUAAAAUGAACUAGACUUUGAAUUUGAAAUUUCUGGAGUCUUAGUACAGUGUAAAUCUUGCUGUGAGCUCCUGGAAUAAGCAAUUCAUCUACUCUCCCAUUGUGUUGCUGUGAUAACUGUUUAUAUCUUUUCCAUCUGUGUGAGUCUUUGUUCCUCUGAAAAACUUCUUGAUCCUAAACAACCAAAGCAACUUGCCAAACUGUGAACAGGAAUGCUGUGUUACAGGUGGUGUGUGUGUGUGUGUUUGUGUGGAUGGUAUGUAUUACCCGAGGCUGCUCCAAAGAGACUGAUAAAUUACGUCUUGUUUCUAUUGUUUAGAGAUUCACAUCACUUAAAUGCUCACUAGGAACAAUGCAAGGAACUGAGUACACACUUUGGUCAUAUUAGAUAAAAGGAACAAAAUCCUUUACCAAAACCAGACACAUUUCCCUUGAUUGGCUACAUAAUUUUUCCAAGUGAAAUAAACAAAUUUUUAAUAACAAUGUUUCGUGGCACAAAUGUACUCAUGGUAAAAAGAACAUACACCCUCUCUGUUAAUUUCAAAGGUUUUGUGUAUAAAUGAUCUGUGUGAUGGUGUUGUUUUCUUUGGCUUUAACAGUUUGAGUUUUGGGUUUCAACUUGUACAAAAUUGCAAUCUAUACUGUGAAGAAAUGUGUUCAAAACAUGGAUUAGUAAAACUCGGUUUGUAUACAUUAGGUUGAUCUUAUGAUAAAGAAAUGCCAUGAGUUCAGAUAAUAUAAUCCUCUGUGUGAUGUCCAAUUUAAUUUACGUAGGUUUUUACAGUGAACAGUGGAAAGUACUGAUUUCCACCAGGGCGUGUGAAGCUGCAGUAUCAAAGAAGUGAUGCAUCAGCUUCAGACUUGUUCAGGCAGAUCUGUCUCAUACAAAGCUGAGUCUGACUGAAUAAUCCAUUAAGCAUGGUAGAAAUCAGAGUUCCUCAGGCCUAAACAAAAUGGUAUUGUAGCUUCUUUGAUGCAUGACGUCUGGGUCAUGCAUCAAAUGUUGUGCUUUCAGCAACAAAAUUAAAAAGAUCCCAGUUGUAAAACAGGCGGUGGCUUUAAAAACGGCACUCUGGAGAGGAUGAAAUCCUUUUGUUUUAUGUGACAGUUUAAAAAAAAAAAAGAAAGAAUAAAAUCAGUACUGAUGAGCCUGUUACAAAAAAAGAAUAAAACCAGUACUGAUGAGCCUGUUGUGACCAGGCUUGGUCCUCAUCAGUCAUAAUCUGCUGUGGGAUAUGCUCCUGUUCUGUGUUACCUUAACAAGCUGAUCGCAAAAACAACUGUGCAACCAACUUGCUGCUAAUCAUAGCAUCACAUUUUGACAAAGAAAAGAAGAUUAAAGAAAAAAAAUGGAUAAGAAUAGAAAUAAAACAUAUAUACUGCAAAGCUAAUAAGUGAACAAUAUUUUCAAAAGGGGGAGAAAAAAACCACCUAGUAAAAAAGUGAACAUUUUUCCACUUUAUAUCAAAGACAGACCCUUUCAAUUACCUUGGAGAAUAAUGUCAUGUUUUUACAUAAUAUGAUGCCAUUUCAUAGUCAGUUGUCAGAAUAGCAUUCUUGACCUUUGCAACUACAAGAGCAGGCCAUACCUCUGUCUUUUAAUUUUUCUCUUGUCAAUCCUAAAAACAUCCAUAUCUGCAUUCCAAUCUGUAGAUGACAUGUGCUUUGUUUCUGUUUGCUAAAUAUGUCAUUCAAUUUACUGGGGGUGUGUUCAUUUAGUUAUGAAUGCGACAGCAGACAAAGACUCCGAUGAAGACCAAGCUUGGUCACAUAUAUUCAUAUCUUAAACACUACAUCGUUAAUUAUAUAAUUUGCCUGUUUUUUAGACUGGAUUAUACUGAGAAAUUUUGAUAUAGAAAAAAAAGUUACUUUUAAAAUGAAAAGUGACAUCCAUCCAGUUCACACUAAUGCAAAUUGCUACUGGCUAACAGAAACAGUCUGUUAAAAUAAAAUGUUCUUCCUUCGGUUUUCUGUAUUUUACUCCUUGGAAUAUGUGAUCCAGCUGAAGACUGACUUAGCAACCUAUUGAGGUUGACCUAUUGAGGUUGACUGGAUCACAUAUCCAGUAAUCCAGUCAACCUCAAUAGGUUGACUUGGCUCAACCUAUUGAGCACUACUAUAUGUGAAAUGGUAUUGCUGCUGUUAACGGAAAGAAAAUGCACUAGUAGAGAGAAAAGUGGACAUAAAAAGUGGAAACAAACUUAACCUUUUCACCCUUCUUUACUUUCUAGCUGCUACCAAGUAUCAGAGCUAAGAUGUACUAUGUUUAGUCAAUAACGCCUUUGAACAGGGCCGUUUUACCUUGUAAUAACAUCUAUCUUGACUUCUUUGACUACACAAUCUUUCUGUUAUAAAGCAAAUUACUGCCACGUUUCAGGUUACGGUGAACACUCCUUGUCUUAGAGUAAAGCAGUAAAUCAGAGAAAUAAAGUUUGACCUUUUGAUGAUGUUCUAAAACCCCUUUCACUUUAAAGGAGAGGAGAGAGCCACUCUUUGAGAACACCCUGCAACAUACAUGUAUGUCAUUUUUGAUUGGCAAGAUGUCUAAUAAAGUGUGUCUUGUACAGA